GGACAGGAAGCGAGAGGCGAGCCGGAGAAGAGACGGGCGGGAGGGAGCGCGGGCUACGCGGAGAUCGUGUUGUUGUGCAAUGUUGCAAUCUUUGCUCUUCUUCCUCCCGGUUUAGGAGGCGGAGAGACCCGCUCCCUCCUGAUCCUUUGCCUUCAAGCGGAGGCACUUCGGAAUCUGGCCCCCGAGAGCAUGGAAAGCCCAAGUGGACCCGAGCAGGGCUCGCUGCUGGCGGCCGCCCGGGGGGCUUACAGGACCUUUUUCGGAGGGCUGGAUCCCCAGAUCGCCGUGUCGGCUCCGGGAAGGGUGAACUUGAUCGGGGAGCACACGGAUUACAACCAGGGGUUCGUGCUGCCUAUGGCCUUGCAGAUGGGAACCAUGGUGGUUGGGAGCCCGAGAGAAGAUGGAAUCAUAUCCAUAGUCACAACCGCACAGGGAGCAGACGAGCCUAAAAAGGUGACAUUUCCAGUUCCCAUGGAAGGUGCCACCUUGGAGCCAGGAGAACCUCGCUGGGCAAACUAUGUCAAAGGGGUCAUUCAGCAUUAUCAGGCUGGCCCUCUCCCAGGCUUCAAUGCAGUCAUAGCCAGCAAUGUUCCACUCGGUGGCGGUUUGUCAAGUUCAGCUUCCUUGGAAGUGGCAACAUACACAUUUCUGCAGCAGUUGUGCCCAGACGAUGGGGAUCCUGUAACUAAGGCCUUAGUAUGCCAGAAAGCGGAGCACACCUUUGCAAUGAUGCCUUGUGGUAUCAUGGACCAGUUCAUCUCUGUGAUGGGGAAGGAGGGCCAUGCCUUGCUGAUAGACUGCAGGUCACUGGAGACUUCCCUGGUGCCUUUGGCUGACCCAGACGUAGUUGUACUCAUCACUAACUCCAAUGUGCGGCACACCUUGACAGGAAGUGAAUACCCCACCCGUCGGCGCCAGUGUGAAGAGGCAGCGAAGGUGCUUGGCAAGGAAAGCCUAAGGGAAGCCACUAUGGCAGACUUAGAGGCUUCUAAGGCCUUGCUAAGUGAGUUGGUGUACCGGCGAGCCAGACAUGUCAUUGGGGAAAUUGAACGCACCUCCCGAGCUGCAGAGGCACUGCAGUCCAAGGACUAUAAGAGAUUUGGGCAACUGAUGGUGGAGAGUCACAAUUCCUUGCGAGAUGACUAUGAUGUCAGCUGCCCAGAAUUAGAUGAACUGGUGUCUUUUGCUUUGGAGAUCCCCGGAGUUUACGGCAGCAGAAUGACUGGUGGGGGAUUCGGAGGCUGCACUGUUACUCUGCUUGAAUCUGGCGUAGCAGAAAAAGUCCAGAAGCAUAUCAAGGAAAAAUACAGCAGGACAGCCACCUUCUAUUUGACACAGCCUUCCGAUGGAGCCAGAGUACAUCCUCUGCAAUGAUCCAACUCCCAAUCCCAACCCUGACAGAGCAAGGGUUUUCUGUUGCUCUGGUACCAACGACACAGAGCACUGCAAAAGGUCAGAGCUGGCUUCCCUGAUCCAUGUGCUUGAGACUCCAGUCAAAGACUUCCAAAUUCUGAUAAAAACUUGAACUCUUUCUUCUCUCUCUCUCUCUCUCUCUUAAAUCUGGUUUUUACAUAUAGAGCCUUCCAGUCUGCUCUACUGAACAGAGGUCUCUUCUCCUGACUGUUUUACAUUACAAUUUGUGGCAGGGAAUCUGUUCUUCAUGUGAGGCCAGAACAGGCCUAUUUUGCUGUGCUGUUUUGUGUUGGAAAAGAGUUGAGGAUAGUCAAUACAGCUAUCGUCCUUCCUCUACUUCUGGUUCCUGACAUAAAACAAAUAGUAUGAUUAA